UUGACUCCAGCGGUGGCGGAUGAGUAAUGCGUCCAGGAAGGCUGGAGGCAGUGAUUUCCGCGCCAACACCGCCCCUCGCAUGGACAUUUAUUCUCCACCGCGCAGUCCCUGCCGCCAUCACCGCAGAUCGGGGCUCCUAGAGACACGCCAGAGCAGAUACCAAGAUGGCCCCCUUUGCAUCUCUGGCCUCUGGCAUCCUCUUGUUGCUUUCACUGAUAGCUUCCAGUAAGGCCUGUAGCUGUGCCCCACCCCACCCACAGACAGCCUUCUGCAACUCGGACCUGGUCAUAAGGGCUAAAUUCAUGGGUUCCCCAGAAAUCAACGAGACCACCUCAUACCAGCGUUAUGAGAUCAAGAUGACUAAGAUGCUCAAAGGAUUUGACGCUGUGGGAAAUGCCGCAGAUUUCCGGUUCGUCUACACCCCAGCCAUGGAGAGCCUCUGUGGAUACGUCCACAAGUCCCAGGACCGCAGAGAGGAGUUUCUCAUCGCGGGCCGCCUAAGGAACGGAAAUUUGCACAUCAGUGCCUGUAGCUUCUUGGUUCCCUGGCGUAAUCUGAGCCUUGCUCAGCAAAGGGCCUUCUCAAAGACCUAUAGUGCCGGCUGUGGGGUAUGCACAGUGUUUCCCUGCUUGGCCAUCCCUUGCAAACUGGAGAGUAAUACUCACUGCUUGUGGACUGAUCAGAUCCUCAUGGGCUCUGAGAAGGGCCCCCAGAGCCGUCACUUUGCCUGCCUGCCACGGAAACCUGGCUUGUGCACCUGGCGACCCCUUGACCCCCCACUGACCUGAAGCUUUCCCCCCAGUAAAAGCUGAAGCCUGAGCACUGUUUACCUUUCCUCCACCUUUCUUUCUCUUAGAUGAUGAAAUAAAGAACUAUUAUACAGCA